CGCGGGCCUGAUAGUACAACCUAGAGAAAAUUAACUAAAGAAUUCUGGUGUGACAGGCCGGUAUCUUAAUGCUUUCGUGGCGUGAUGGUGGGGGCAACCGUGGGGAGCUUCCGUUUAUCUGUGAGGUCAGAGAAGGCUGGCUGCGUUCAGUGGUGCUGUUGAAAAACACGAUGAAAAUGGCGUGGCAACCGCAAGAGGAAGGACUUCGACAAAUCUUGACGCUCCUCAAGGAGUCUCAGAGCCCGGAUACGGCUACUCAACGAGCUGUACAAGGAAAAUUGGAAGAAUUAAACAAAUUCCCAGACUUCAACAAUUAUCUUAUUUUUGUUUUAACAAAACUCACAUCAGAGGAUGAACCUACGAGGUCUUUAAGUGGACUGAUUUUGAAAAAUAAUGUUAAAGCUCAUUUUUAUAAGUUUUUACCAGAGGUUACAAAUUUCAUCAAACAAGAAUGUUUAUCGGCAGUUGGAGAUUCAUCACCUCUAAUUCGUGCAACUGUUGGUAUUUUAAUAACUACCAUUGCAUCCAAAGGUGAAUUAACUAGAUGGCCGGAGUUGCUACCUGCACUUUGUCAAAUGUUAGACUCACAAGACUAUAAUGUUUGUGAGGGUGCAUUUGGUGCUCUUCAAAAGAUCUGUGAAGAUUCUGCAGAAAUUUUAGAUUCUGAUGCACUUAAUCGACCAUUAAAUGUUUUAAUCCCAAAGUUCCUGCAAUUUUUUAGACAUUCAAGCCCUAAAAUUAGAUCACAUGCUACUGCCUGUGUUAAUCAGUUUAUUGUUAAUCGUACACAGGCUUUGAUGAUUCAUAUAGAUAGCUUCCUGGAAAAUCUCUUCCAUUUAGCUAAUGAUGAUGAUCCAGAAGUCAGAAAGAACGUAUGCAGGGCUUUGGUUAUGCUGCUUGAAGUUCGAAUGGAUAGAUUAAUACCACACAUGCAUAAUAUAAUAGAAUAUAUGUUAAUGAGGACACAGGAUCUUGAUGAAGGAGUCGCUUUAGAAGCCUGUGAAUUUUGGCUUUCAUUAGCUGAACAACCAAUAUGUAAAGAAGCACUUGCACCACAUUUACCUCGUUUAGUACCUGUAUUGGUGAGAGGUAUGAAAUACUCAGACAUUGAUAUAAUACUUCUAAAAGGGGAUGUGGAAGAAGAUGAAAUGAUCCCAGAUAGAGAAGAAGAUAUCAGACCAAGAUUUCCCAAGUCAAAAACACAUCAUUCACAUCAUGGUAAUAUGAACAAGCACUCAAACGAAAACGGAGGUUGUGAUGAAGAAGACACAGAUGCUGAAGAUGGAUGUGAUGACGAUACGUCACUUAGUGACUGGAAUUUAAGAAAAUGUUCUGCUGCUGCUUUAGAUAUGUUAGCAAACGUAUUUAGAGAAGAAUUAUUACCUGUUCUAGUACCAAUUUUGAAAGAGACGCUUUUCCAUCAAGAUUGGGUAAUCAAAGAGUCAGGAAUAUUAGCACUAGGAGCUAUAGCAGAAGGUUGUAUGAGCGGAAUGAUUCCGCAUUUAUCAGAAUUAAUUCCAUAUUUAAUUAGUUGCUUAAGCGACAAAAAAGCACUAGUACGCGCUAUUACUUGCUGGACAUUGAGUCGUUAUGCGCAUUGGGUCUGUGCCCAACCGCACGAUACACAUUUGAAACCAUUAAUGACUGAAUUAUUGAAACGAGUACUUGAUGGCAAUAAACGCGUGCAGGAAGCAGCAUGUUCUGCUUUUGCAACGUUAGAAGAGGAAGCGUGUACAGAACUAGUCCCUUAUCUUGGAUUUAUUCUUGAAACGCUUGUUUUUGCUUUUGGCAAAUAUCAACAUAAAAAUCUUUUAAUAUUGUACGAUGCAAUUGGUACACUUGCUGAUUCAGUAGGACAUCAUCUUAAUAAACCAGAUUACAUUAACCUUCUUAUGCCACCACUCAUUAAUAAGUGGAAUGUGUUAAAAGAUGAAGACAAAGACCUUUUCCCAUUAUUAGAAUGCCUUUCUUCAAUUGCGACUGCUUUACGAUCUGGUUUCCUUCCUUAUUGCGAACCCGUGUAUAGGCGGUGUGUAUCCCUCGUAGAGCAGACGCUAAAUCAACACAUAGCAAAUACACAGAGUCCAGAACAAUUUGAGGCCCCUGAUAAAGAUUUUAUGAUUGUUGCAUUAGACCUUCUUAGUGGCUUAGCAGAAGGGUUGGAUUGUCAUAUGGAACGCUUAGUAAUGAACAGUAAUGUAAUGCAACUGCUGUAUCAAUGUAUGCAAGAUGUUAUGCCUGAAGUUAGACAAAGCAGUUUUGCCUUAUUAGGGGACCUUACAAAGGCCUGUUUCCAACAUGUUCUACCGUGCAUACCGGAAUUUAUGCCUAUACUUGGACAGAAUUUAAAUCCUGAGUUUAUAUCUGUAUGUAAUAAUGCAACAUGGACUAUCGGUGAAAUAGCUAUAAAACUCGGUUCUGAUACAAGUGCAUAUAUCCCAUUAAUUUUGACCCAGCUCAUCGAUAUAAUCAACAGACCGAAUACGCCAAAAACGCUGUUAGAAAAUACAGCCAUAACGAUCGGUCGCCUAGGUUAUGUGUGUCCCCACGACGUCGCCCCCAUGUUACAGCAGUUUGUCCGACAGUGGUGUACCUCUUUGAGGAGUAUAAGAGAUAAUGAAGAAAAGGAUUCUGCAUUCAGAGGUAUGUGUCAGAUGAUUACAGUAAAUCCAGCAGGAGUGGUACAAGAUUUCAUCUUUUUCUGUGAUGCUGUUGCAUCUUGGGUGACGCCUAGAGAAGAUCUUAAGGACAUGUUUCAGAAGAUAUUACAUGGCUUCAAAAAUCAAGUUGGUGUGGAAAAUUGGAAACGAUUUUCAGAUCAAUUCCCACCACAACUCAAUGAACGACUCCAUAAUAUGUAUGGCGUUUGAGAAGCCCCGCCUAAAUGCGAAGGCCGCUUUAAGGGGAAGGCCAAAAGGGGUUGGGCGGGAAACAGAACAAUGGGUGUUCAGGGUGGGUGGGUGAAACCACGGCCUCUUCUCAUCAACAUCGUUGUCGUUACCGUGUUAUGGUCAUCGUCAGGCUCUCGGGGGAAUUAAUAUGCGUUAUUAGAGCUGCAAUCAGCAAGAGGUAUAAAUGAAAAAUCAAAGUGAGAAUGAAACGAAGAAAAUUGAGAACGACAAAAUAAAUGUCAUGGGCCGAAAUGUAACGCGUGGGUGGGCGGGUAGGGGGGGGGGCGGGAGGGAGGGAGGAACUGUGCUGGGGUCACCGACCAUUUUACAGUAAAGGUAUCAUAACUUUGACGCUAAAUCGCAUUGCAAACAAAAAAAACAAAAGUGAUACCUUCAUGUAGUGAAAACGUACACGCUGUACACUCCGUUUCCAUUAGCGCUGUGUAACACUGUUAAGUGUUUAAUUCUCGCGUAUUGAAACGAGACACGAAGUGCUGGCAACCAACUAGCCCAGCUCUUAAACGAAACUGACUUUUCAAUUAUCGUGGAGGAAGGAAAUAAUAGCGAACAGCAAGAAAUGAAACAAAUGAAAAGGAGAAAAUAAUCGAAAUACAAAAAGAAGGGUAUAGAUCUCACGUUAUAGAGCUUGCUAAACUACUGUGAUCGAAAAUCUAUAUAUUAGGAAAUAUUAAUUUUGUUUUUUCUUAAGGAAGAUAGAGAGAUAUUUCAUUCUAUAUGAGUUGUGUAGAGCUUUAGACGGUGGUAGUAAUACUUAUUUGAUAUAAAACUAACAAAUAGAGAAGUAUGUUAGUAGAAAUUUCAUAGUGUACAGAAGGUUUUUGAGAAUAUGUAUUUUUAUACGUUGAAACUCGAUAUAAAUGCAGAGAAAGUGCCAUUCCGUUCGUUUCGAACCAAAAUUUUUCUGCUUACUUUAUUCUCUCCUUGCUGAUUGUGAUAUUAGGUUAUAUGACACUUUGUGGUCAUGUAUGAAUGGAACUAUUUCAAAUGGAUUAAUAUAUACAUAUUUACAUAUAAAAAAAUGAAUGUAUGUAGAUAUUAUAUAUAAUUAUAUAUAUCAGAUGUAAUGUUUUAACCCACAGACUAUUUUGUGAUUAUUUUUUUGUUAAAAAUAUUAAAUUAAGAUCAUAUUAGCUCUUAGUGUAAAUAGAUAAAUACAUUUUAGAGUGAAAGUUUUUGUUAUCACUAUAGUGUUUCAAAUUUUUUGCUUACGUAUCACCUCUUAAUGGGUUAAAGUUAUAUAAAGCAACACGUGGGAGCGAAUAUAGUUUGAGUAUGAUUUACAGGUAACGAUUCACAGAGUUUUGAAUCUAUGACGUGAAAUCUAUCGCGAUGUAGGGAAAUUUUCGUCGUGUACACGCCAAUCUCCAUUUCAUUUCUCUAUCUCUUUUUGCGUUUGUAGAAUAUUUUUCGACUUCAAGCGCUGACUGUGUCAUUCCAGUCCAGUUUUUGGGCCAGUUCAAAAAGCAAGCACUUUUUAUCAUUAAAAGACGAGAUUACGUUUGUCGUCGUUAUUUUUGCUGUAAAACGCGAUGCUACAAAAACGAAAUCUUAAAAUUGCGAAAAAUGCGUUUAUAUGCAUUGAUAAGAAAUGAAUAAGUAAAAGGUAAUAACAAAUAUACUAUCGAAUGUCGUGAAUUUUGCGAGAAAAAAAAUCCACGGAAAUCGAUUUCUAGAACUUCUAUGACGUGAACUGUAAUUUUUAUUUUCUGUUUAUUUGUUGAAAAAAAUAUUCCAAAAAACAAAUGUGAACAAGUAAAGAAAAAGAAGCUCAACUUGAAUAAUGAACUAAUUUAAUCGUCGUUGAGUCACUGUUGUCAAUCAAACUUUAUUAAUAAAAAAACAAAAAAAAAAAAAAGGAACAAACAAACUGGCAGGAUGAACUAGCGCAGGCGAGAUUAGAUAUUACAAGAAAAAGAAAACGCGUUGAAUCUGUUACGCAUUUAUAAUAAGCGAGGCGAUUUUUUCGGCCGAUUCAAGACACUUUUUCAAGCCGAACGAUUCCCAUCCGCUCGAUCAAAAAGCACAGAGACCAUCGUGUAAUCACAGCAACGCUUGUAACAAAUACAGUCCGGCAGUGAGAAUAUUUUUUUAUUGUCAUCAUGGACUAAAUGGAAGAAAAAGAUAUUAUUUUAACGUUCAACUUCUACUUUAACGAAGUAUCGCGUGAUCACGAGAAAUAAAACGUGCAGUCUCUGUUUUCGUCGUUUUGUAUGGAAAAGCAAAAAGGAAAAAAGAACAGAACCUUUUGCGUAGAGAACAGAAAGAUUUAUCAUAUACGUACAUUCGUGACCGCUCCUUUGAUUCGAUCCACGUUUGUCAAUUGGCAAUCUCCUUGUUGCCAUUACUCUUUAUCCCCAUUUUUGGUCCUUUCCUUGCUCUGCCUGCGCCAUUUUUGUGAUAUUACUAUUUUUUAUAAUUACUUAAGGGCUUGGAAGUAAACAAGAUUUAAGGGAAGAACAAAAACGAGCCAUGUGCGAUUUAUCGACUCGAGUCUAUAAAUUUUCUCUAUCUAGGUUUCACAAAAAUAUUUAAAAAAGAUAUAUUUUUUUUAUUCUUAUUAUUACUACACGCUAUUAUUAUUGCCUGCUUUUAUUACAUUCUCAAUGUUGUAUUGUAAAUAAUACAAAGCGAACGUCAUCACUAAAAUCAUUUUUUUCACAUUGUCACUUAUCUUUGUUACUGAAUUGACUAGUGUUUAAAUAACAUAUUCGACUUAACAUACAUAUAUACACUCGAGAUAUAUAUUUAUAUAUACAUAUAUAUAUAUUUUUUUUAAAUAGUUCCUAAGCUAGAAGCAGAAUGUUUUUCAGUGAUACACAAGUGAACACAGACACAGAUGCGUACACGAUUUAUAAUAGACCUAUCUCUCAGGUUAUCUCUAUUCAAUUUUAUACUACAAAGAAAUGGAAUUUUCAAUGAAAGAAUACUUGUUAUACAUGUUGUCAUAGUGUCCUGUGUAUCGUUGUAAAUAUAAUAGUAUGUAUGAUUUUCUUGUGUAAAGAAAAUACUUUGUGAACGACUCCCGUCGAGAUUUCACGUGGCUCGCUAUUAUUUAUUAUUGCUCGGAACUUUCACUCAAGAUAAGGACUAAUUAAAUUUAUAAUGAAUUACAACAGUGAGUGGAAAAGCAAAGUGUCACGAACAAAAAAAGAAUUGACUAUUUAUACAUAAUAUUAUAUCAAAGUGAAUUAAUUAUUAUAGAGAAGAAAGAGAGGAGGUGAAACGAGAAGUUGAUUGAUAUUUGAGAAAUUUCCAAGUUUUUUCUAUUUGUAGAGAGAGAGAGAGAGAGAGAGAGAGAGAGAGUAAAAGAAUGCAUGAAAGAAUGCACAGAAUGAUUGCAAAGUAAAUAAAACAUAGAAAAAGAAAGACGUGAAAAUGAAUAAGUAAUUAAAUGAAACAAACAUGAAGUAAAUAUAUUGUUGUAUCUUUAUUGUUGUUGUUGCAUGAGACUAGCGUAAUAGACUGAGCCAUACAUGUGGUUAAAUAACUAUUAACGUAAUAUUUCUUAAUACUAUAUUAUUGUAAUUAUUAUACGAUGUGUAUUAUAUUUAAUCGUGCUGUUUCGUGCGGGCAGUGUUUGGAGGGAGUUCUUAUCCUUUGGGACUUUUGUAAACACUAUUCGUUUAUAAUUAACGGUAGCCUCGUCAUCCUUAACGUGAGGAUGUCCUUUAUCAUAUCGUUCUCUAAAAAUACGUACACAAAAUCGCUCGUUUUAUAUUCUAGUUUGUGUUUUAUCAUGUGUUAUGUUAGAACAAUGAUUCAAUGAUUAAAUCAUUAAUUUAGUUUUUUAACAUAAUUGAUCGUGGCUGAAGAAUCAAAUUUUACCCCCUAAAUUGUAAAGUAGACGUAUUCGUGUAUAUCUUUCUAUAUGUAUGUGUGUGUUGCGUGUUUCUGUGCGUGCUUGUAUGUCGUGUGUGCGUAUAUAAUAUAUUUCCACUCCAAUCGAGAAGCGUGAAUAACGCGUACAUCUUACAAUUUUUAUACCGCUGGGAGAGGUAUAUUGAAUUCUUCUUUAUUAUCUAAUUGUUUAUCGAACGAUUUUAUAUAUUUUUCAUCUUAAAGAUAGGCAGAAAGAAGUACGACCUAACUUUCUACUAAGAUGCGCUUCUAGAUCGCGUUAAGUUCUUCUCGAUUGGAUCAUGUGUCAGAGAGAAAAGAAGGGAAAGCAAAAAUCCUUUUCUUUCGCCCAAAGGAUCGGAACUUCGUGGGGCUGUUCCUAGUACCUGAUUAUCCUAUCCUUGCGGCACGAAGGCUCUUUUUUUCUAACGACGAACAAACACAAAACAGGAACAACCAGAAAACAUCUUCUGGUAAUUGGAUUCUCUGUUCUCUCGCGUCUCGCAAGCGCCAGCGAAUUCUUCUGCCCAGUGUUCGCACUUGGUACAGAGAGAAAAAAAUCGUAAAACGGUGUUCUUUUUAUUGUUGCAUACCUUGACUGCCUAGUACUUAAGUACACAUGAUAUAUGUAUAUAUAUAUACACACAUCUUACAUACACACACACACACACACACACACAUAUAUAUACACAGAUCUAACAGAGAUAAAGAAAACUCAAGAUUAGUGAUCGCAAAAGUGAGUCUUCUUUGCAUGAAUUUCUUAUAAAUAUCGAAUAUAGAGAGACUAUAUUUUAUUUUUCCUCCUUUUUUACACACUAACACACACAUACAUAGACACACGCUUGUCAAGGUGCAACGAAAGGUGCUGUCGAAUGCUUGUUUGCGAAUUUUUAUACGUCGAAAACGAGGAAAACGAAGCAUCCAACGAUUUGUUCUCUCGCAUCGUGAAUUUCGAGUUACAUAAUACAAUGUAUAAACGGGGGAAUCAUUGAAUUCGAAAAAGGGAUUAAAAUAAGAAAGGCGGUGAAAGCGAAAGCGAUACAAAAGCUCGAAGGAGGAGCGACACGCUAUUCUUUAUUCAGUAUUGUAUUACCGAUGUAUGAUAAGCUUCUGGCAAUCAUCUCAUUGUGAACAGUGAAAAUCUUAUUUUAAUGCUGUCGUUGGACACUUUAUUACAUAAUUAUUAAUUACGAUUAUUAUUGUUGUUGUAAUCGAUGAACGGAAGGGUCAUCGUUCGACUUUUCAUCUGUAGGAAUUGCGAUUCCCGGGGCCCACAAUCAAAAAAAGUCGGCUUUUUAUUGUAAAGCAAUGAAAGCAAGAACAAAGAAGAAUGAGAUAUAAAAAGGAGCAAAACUAACAAUGAAAAAAGGAGCCAUAGAAAAGAAUAAAGCGUCACGUAAGCACGCAAAGACCGUACAGAAGAUGUCUUUCAACGACUAAAAACAGAUGUGAAUUCUAUUUUCAUUUUCUCUCUGCAUGUGUUUCGUAUACGAGACUGUAAUGAUGGAAUUAUCGUGGCGCCAAGAGAGAACACGGAUUGUCACCUUUUAUUUUCGUUUUAGCCUUAAGAAAUUCAGUCUCUAAUUGUAUCGUUGCGUUUUACUAUUCUUCGACGUUCGGAGGAGGACUGUAUCCAGAUUCUUUCCUCUCUCUGUUCGAGAGGAAAAGCUUCCGGUCUAGUUCAGAGCAUGUUCGUCGAUACACAUGUAUUGUACCUAUGCACGCGCACAAUCGAAACGAUCCGUCUCUCGAUCACUUUCUCUUGGCUCUCUGUGUGCUACGUGACCAUGCCAUUGGAAAUAAAUCUUGAAGAAUAAUAGCAUAAAAA